CGAAAUAUAACCCGGAAUACCGACUAGUGAUCUAUUAAAUUGUGCAAUACUAUGUAUUCGAGUAAAAUUUACUGUUGAGACUUAAUAUAGCGCAAUUAGUUUAGUGUGUGAUAAUAGGUCUAGGGGCCGGCCGCCUUAACAAUAGUAGGUACAAUAUGGCAUAUGACGGCACAAACAAACAACGCGUUGCCCAAAUGGUAUACUGAUUUAUCUUUUGGAACACACGGUCUAUAGAUAUUCAUCUAUUGUCUUUUCCUCAUUUAGAAUCUAUCUGACGCGUUGUUGCGAUAAAAAUUGCCGUGGUUAUUUAUUUCAUGGCUAUUUUACAGCAUUACGCCAUAGUAAUUUGAUUUACAGAGAAGACAAUACCUUCUGAUACUACCCACCAUGUGUUCCAAGAGUGGCAACUACAAUGGUGACUUGUUCGAGUAUAUCAAAGUUAGUGAAGAUGAAGAUGAAUCUAAUGCGGUUGAAAUUCCUUGCGAAUUAGAUGGUACACUGUUGCUUUCAACUCUCGUAGCCCAAUUUCCCGGGGCUUGUGGACUGAAAUAUCGACACCCGGAUAGCAAAUCAAUCCGAGGGAUUCGUCUAAGUGAUGGCAAAUUACAUCCACCCAGUGAAGUUGGUUGGGGUAAACACCUGUACAUUUGUGUAUUUCCAAAAGAGAACAAACGUAAAAUGGAAGAUGUUUCUCCUGAGAAUUCUGCUGCUAAGACCAAACGUUUAGAGAAGAAACUCACAUGCUCAGAUUUAAUUUGUUUAGGAUUGCCCUGGAAGUCAACAGAAGAGUCCAUUAAGCAGUAUUUCGAGCAAUUUGGUGAAGUUGUAAUGGUGCAAUUGAAAAGAGAUAAGAAUGGCUCCUUUAAAGGUUUUGGUUUUAUUCGUUUUGCUACUUAUGCAUCCCAGAUGAGAGCUUUAGCUCAGAGGCAUAACAUUGAUGGCCGCUGGGUAGAUGUUCGUAUUCCUAAUUCAAAGGAAGGCGUAGUCCCUCAGAUGCCCUGCAAAGUAUUUGUUGGAAGGUGUACUGAAGAUAUGACAGCUGAUGAUUUACGAGAAUAUUUCUCAAAGUUUGGAGAAGUAACUGAUGUGUUUGUCCCACGUCCAUUUAGAGCAUUUGGAUUUGUUACAUUUUUGGAUCCAGAAGUAGCACAAAGUCUUUGUGGAGAAGAUCAUGUUAUAAAAGGAGCUUCUGUAUCUGUAUCAAGUGCAGCACCCAAAAUUAAGACCAAGUCCCAAAACUGGAAAGAUGAUUCCUACGGGCCAAAUAAUUGGGAGGGCAACCGUUCAGGGGGACCAUCUGGUGGCCCAAGCAACAAUGGCGGAAAUAGUAACAUUGAUUCUCUUAACAUGCAGAACUUAGGAAUCAACCCUAAUGGAGGUCCACCAGCUAACUUCAAUUUACCUAUAAGUUUAGUAGCUGCAGCACUUAACCAAGCAGGAUGGGGUGGAUUUUUAGGGGGCCCUGGUAACUCUGGUCCCAAUAAUUGGCAAGGUGGCCCACCACAAGGCAACCCUGGGAAAAACUGGAAUGGUAAUCAAAAUUGGGGUCAAAAUGGACCACCACAAUCAUGGAAUCAGGGUGGUGGUAGUGGUGGCAACCAAGGUUGGAAUGGUGGUGGCAAAAGUGGGGGCAACUGGAAUCAAAGCAGUUGGCCAAAUGGCCAGGGCAACUGGAAUGGUAAUGGCAAUGGGGGAGGUGGCUCCAGUUCUGGCUCUGGAAGUGGGUGGAACAACAACAAGCCCCAAACAUGAGUAGCUAUAGAAAGUGGAUAAAAGGCUUAUCAAGAGUGCUAAUAACCAGUAUGAGUUUGACUGAUAAGUUGUUAUACGUAAACUUGGAGGACUUAAGAAGACAUCUGGCCUAAAAAGUUCCUGGUGUUUGCUAUUUAACAACUUGUUUGUUCAUUAGUGGACAGGAAGGUAGCUGCAAAUAUGUAUUAUGCAUUUAGCAGUUCGGAUAAGCACAUCUUACUAUGUCAAUCUCAACUGCAGCGAGUUUAAGAACGUGUGAAUUCCGACCAGUUUUUGGGAGUGAUGAAAAAAGAUAUGGAAAGACAAAUUGCUGUACAAAAAUAAUUGUGAAUUAACUAAAUAAAAGAAAAAAACUAAAGAAAUAGGAGUGGUUUUAAGGUCAUAAAAUUGGAAUUUCACAUUGCAAAAUAAUUGAACAAGACACGCAUGCCUCCUCAAUUAGAUGACAGAAGAUUAUGAUAGAAGCAGGAAGUAGCGUGUCCAAAUUCUUUCAAUGAAAAGCGUAUGAAGCUGACCGAGGAAGAGAAAAGGUCAUGGACCACAUGGACGGCGCAGCUCCAACUCGGCAUUUGAAUUUGAGCCAAAUUAUAUCUCGUAUAUUUUUUUUAUAACUUCGAUAUAAAAAGCCCACGGCGCGGCGGGGUGACAGCGAGCUUGCAACAACAACAACUGCGACGUUGCCGUGCCGUUGAUGUGUGCCAAAACCUUAAGUAGUCAAGAAGCGUGCAGCUUUGAAGAAAUUGUCGUCAUAAAGUGGUUAGACCAAAAAACUUAUGAAAGAAGUUCACUUAGAACGAACAGUAAGAAUCUGGUUAAAAGAGUACCAAGGGCCAGUUUAAGCAUCUCGGCUGAAGGAAGUCAUAAUCGUUCGCUGGUCAACUCGCAUGAUUAGCCACUACACGGAGUCAAAUAUUCCAUGACGAAAGCCGGUUUUGUGAGAAAUUCAUCAACUGAAGGCAAAGGAUGUGAAGUACUUUUACUGAAAAGGUGUUAUACGCUUGUGGAGGGUCUGUUAUGGUGUGGAGCGGCAUAACUUUGAAAGCACCCAUGCUUCAUGACUGCACUCCGAUAUAGAUAUUACCGAGAUCUUAGAAAAUAUGCAUAUGCCAUGUAGACUAUUUGUUGGCUCAAAUUUUGUAUUUAUGCACGAUAUUGCAUUCAAUUAACCAAAUGGCACGAGCAAUAGACAAUUGAUAGAGCAAUCCUGGGACAUGACUGGGUGAAGAGUAAAGAGAGAGGAUUCCUUUACCUGGAAUUUUUUGCCUUAUAAAAUAUUUAAGGUGAAACAUGGGCAAAAAUCGCAAAAUUUUAGUCAAUUUCUGUUUUUCUUUUUUUUUUUUCUAAAAGUGGUCCAUCCUAGUUUUCCUGAAUAUAUGUGUCAUAAAUUGAGCCCUCUAUUCUUAUGGCCAAUAAAAGUACAUGAUGAA